UUCCGAAAGCGACUGUCAGAGCCGCGAGGAAGAAAGAGAGAGAGAGAGAGAGAGAGGGAGAGAGGGAAAAAACAAAACACCCCCAAACAAACACGUAUAUAUCAAACGAAAUCAAAACUGUCAAAUAAUGGAGUUAGCGAGUAUUCAUAGGAUGUGCCGGCUAUGAAUGUGGGCAUAAAAGAAAACUUAAAGUUAUGAAAAAAAAAAAAAAAAGUCAACUUUGGAAAAAUAGAAAGUGACUGAAAUAGUCAAUCAUCCGACGGGAAAUAUACAGCCGGAUAGACGUACACGGGGAAAUCCGAUUUGCCUGGAGUGUAGGGGGUAAAAUUGCUCGCUUAUCGAGAGCCGUGGCGGGGAAGAGGCGCUCAUCUGCAUACACGCUGAUACACACACACACACACACACACACACACACGGAGCAGCCGCUGUGAUGGACUGCUAUAUCUGCUUCCUGUCACACACACACACACAUUUAGACCGCAUUCAUAUCCAGAAAAAAUGAGAUAAAUAUCCCACAAACCUGGACCUCCUGUUGAAAUAUUGUGCAUUUUCCCAGACCAGUGUGAAGCCUUUGAUCUUUUUUUUCCUUUUCCAGCUGUUUUUUUUUUUUUUUUUUGGAGCUGUGCUCAUUCUCUUCGCCUCCGAGAUAGGGCCGUUUUUCUGCGCCGUUUGAGUUGUGCUGCAUGAAAUGGAGCACCGCAGAUCCAUUCCGGUGCUGUGUGUGUGUGUGUGUGUGUGUGUGUGUGUGUGUGUGUGUGUGUGUUCAUGUUCCAGUGAGGUGAGUGGAAGGCACUGCAGGAGGUUAAUUGUUUUUUGGCACAUCAUUCUUUAGGUGAACAUGCAGCGAGCCCCACACACACACACACACACACACACACACACACACACACACACACACACACACACACACAGCAACAUUAAGGAAACUGAUAUGAGAUUUUUUUACGAGGGUUUUUAUCUACAUACACACGCACACACACACACACACACACACGGAGCCACAUACACAUGACGUGACGCCUCGUUGUAUUCCGCUAUCUCAUUUUCAGCUCACAAACUUUUGAAUGACAAUGAAACACACCGCGUAUCACUUUUUGACCAAAAUAACCCCUUUUUAUUUUUAAAGAACUAUUUUUAGCUUAAGUACGCAAUAACAUCCUGCGGCGCAGUGCAGGGAUGCAAACCUAAUUACUUUCUGUUUUUUUUUUUUUUUUAAAAGGUAAAAAAUAAACAUCGUGCGAAGGGAGACAAUUCAGAUCUGUGACGAUGACGUCUGUGUUUCUUUUUAACAGUGGAUCUCAGAGGUUAGCAAACAUUUUGGAUAUCUUUCACUUAUCACGGGACAGACGAAGGAAAUUCUGUCGAAAACGAAAGAAACACAGAUUUAUUCGUCUUUAAAUGUCUGUAAGUAAGCAGUUUCUGGGAAAAAAAAAAAAAAAAAAUCUCACUGGCCCUGUGUUACGUAGCCAUAUGUGCACACAAUGUAGAUUAUUGUCAUUGUUUAAAAUCCCCGUGAACGUGCGGCGUUAAUCGCUGUGCUGAUUAAUUUCCACUGAAGCAGGAAGUCAGGGCGGGACGUAUCGAGUGGCUCCUCCUACUUCUUACAUAGCCAGUAGCGUUUAGUGUACCUCAACCCAGAUUAAGCUGUACUUGACCGUUAGUAGCAUGUAUUUAUUUAUUUUUCUAACGUUGGGGGCGGGACACUUCAGAUUCCAGAGGGCGUUUGAUUGGACAGAAUAUCUGAAGUGCAGAAUGAUGUCAUCAGAAUCGUUGCUCCGUAUCAGCAGUGUACAUUUCGAAAGCGUAUAUCUUCUACAUGCGAAUUUUGUCGUUGUUUUGGAGCGCACCGGCUCCUAGAUAACUUUAAGGCGGACAUAUUCGUAGUAAAACGCACAAAACUUGAGCGGUACUUACUGCGUUUUCUAAACGCGCGCUCGUUCCAGGGUCUCGGCCGUGCGGUAAAGCAGGACGUCUACCUACAUCCUGGAAAGGAAAAAGAAAAAAAAAAGCUUUAAAAUCAGCACACGGCUGCACGUCUUCUUCACCCGUCUGAUUGAUUGUGGUUGAUUUUUGUUGCGAGUUUGAGCGACAUUGAUGAGUAAAGGAUUAAAGGCUCAAGACGAAUGCGCUUUGAGAAUAAAAUCAAGUGCUUCAGUGGCAACAUUCGAGCAGAAAACGUUGAUUAGUGCCGUGCGUGCCGGACAGCUUUCGCAGAUAUCACACGGAGACUUUCGCUUUUUCAAACUGUUAUUUUCUGACUUCACAAGUGCUUUUGUUUUAGCGAGAGCAGAAAAACCUUCGCCUCAUCGCCCGGAGAUCACACGCUUGAAUCCCGACGAUGCUACAGCCAUCUUUUUGCUCCAAGAGAGCAAAAUCUGGCUGUGUUCUCCUGGUGGGAGGGGCAUACUGUCUCUCCCCUGUCAAUCACAGCGACACUAGCCAAUCGUGUCUGGUGUAGUGAGAGGAGCACAACGGCGACUUGGAGUUGAUCUGGAGAUCUGGAGUGAGAGAAUUAUCACUGUGAUGAUGGAAAUGAGGUGGAAGUCUACAUGGCUCCUGCAGCUCAUCCUCCUGGUCAUCGUAGUGAUGUUGUCAUGCCGACCGGCGUGCGGUGGUACCCGGACUCUAAGGGCAAGCACAGGUCAGUACCAGGUCAAGCAGGGUACGUGCGAGGUCGUGGCGCUCCAUCGCUGCUGCAAUAAGAACCGGAUCGAGGAGCGCUCACAGACCGUCAAGUGUUCCUGUUUCCCGGGACAGGUUGCUGGAACGACCCGCGCUCAGCCGUCCUGCGUGGAAGCUUCCAUUGUCCUGCAGAAAUGGUGGUGUCAGAUGCACCCGUGUCUGGAUGGGGAGGAGUGUAAGGUUCUGCCGGACCUCACAGGAUGGUCCUGCAGCACGGGCAACAAAGUCAAAACCACCAAGGUCACGCGAUAGCGAGAACACGGCUGCCCCAAACGGCUCCAGGAGACCUAAGACUCUUUAACACGGAUUCCUAUUCUGGCAAAAGUAGCCCGAUUACACCGGAUACCACCCAGACUGGGAAUUUAGCACACUACGGAUGGAUGGAUGGACGGAUAGAUAGAUGGAUGGAUAUACCAUGUUAUAAACUCACAGCGAUGAAA